CUAAACAGACUUUGUUGUAGACGUGUGAUGGAUAUCCUGAAAGUGCUUCUCAUCCAUCUUUUCUUGCCAUUUCUAUUUGUCCAUGCCAAAAACUAUUGCCCAGUAUCAUAUUGUCCUAUGUUCAAUUUCUCUAUAAGGUUUCCAUUCUACCUAGAAAACCAAUAUUCACAAAAUUGUGGCUAUCCUGGCUUUAGUAUCAAAUGCAACAGCCAAGGAUAUGCAGUUCUUAAUCUUCCUUUUUCUGGAGACUUUUUAGUCCAAAGCAUACAUUAUUACAAAUCAGGAAUUGAACUCUAUGAUCCUGAUAAUUGCCUAGCGCGUCGACUAAUGAACUUGAACCUUUCUUCUUCUCCUUUCAAAGCUGACGAGAUGGUGAAUUAUACUAUCGUUAGUUGUCCAUCGGAUUAUCCAUUAAACGUGACAUCCCAUUCCCACGUCGUUAAAUGCAUUAGCAACUCAACAACAAAUUUAUUAGCAUUUAGAAUAUUUGAUUCGGAUUAUGAAGAAUUAAUGUCUGAGUGCAAUGUAAUAGCUAGGAAUUUUUCUUUGGCAUCAUAUUUAUUAGAAGAAGAAGAUGUUAAUCGGUUUGGUUUUAUAAGCUUGACUUGGGGCGUGCCUGAUUGUACAGCUUGUGAAGAUAAAUUCGAGUUUUGUGGAUUUGAAAACUCUAUGAGCAAAGAAAUUCAUUGUCUUACAGGAAGCUCAGGGAGUCAGUCAAUUGCUAAAGUGAUUGCUUUAUCUGUGGCCAUUCCAAUCAGCCUUUUGCUACUGUUAAUAUUUGCCAUAUUUUUGAGGAUAUAUUGUAAUAAAAGAAGGCAAACCAGCAGCUGAAAAUCCUGAUUCUUCAUCGUGGAUUAUGGAUUUUAAGGCAUUAUGGUUUUAUUUUGUUUUUAAUGUACUUUCUUUUUGGUUUUGUGAGUGUUCAAAUUUUAUUUUGAGGUAACGGUUUCUCAGGAUCGGGUUUGAGCCAUGGAAACAGCCGCUAAUGCUUGCAUUAGGGUAAGCUGUCUAUGUCACACCCCUUGGUGUGCGAUCGUUUCUGGAACCCUGCGUGAAUGCCGGAAGCUUUGUGUACCGGGCUGGCUUUUUUGUUUCCCAGGUUUCUUGAGAGAGAAUUGGUUUCGUUUUGUUUUAGACGGAACUUUUUACAAUAAGAGAUUUUUGUUUUUGAAGCAUAAAACAAAAACAUGCCCUACAAAUGUGGACCAUGACAAGGUUCCAGUAAAUCAUAUUCAAUUUCAAGUAUAAUUGCAAUUCUGCUCUCAUCCCCUUUCUAUUUCUCUACUGUGUAUUUCCUUUGCAGCUUAUUUCCGUCUUGUAAUUGUGAGUUGGUUUAUUUGCUUAUU